AUGUUUGCGUUGAAUACUCCGGAUUUAAGGGGACAAAUUCUGCGGCAUCGAGCUCUUCACCCGGAUCGUUUCAAGAAGUGCAGGAAAGCUGAGGCUGGCCGUGCACGAAAAAUUAAGGAGUUGAGCCAACUUAACAAUGUCAUUCGUACGGCCGGUAAAGCCACUGUCGAUUCACGAACUCAGGUGUUGAAGCACAUGGUUGAAGCUCGUGAUCAGGAAUGCAAAAUUUUGGAUGAAAUAAAGCAGCAAGAAGUAGCUUCAGCUCAAAUGUGCUCUCUGGUUGACGAAAAACUAGCACAAUUUGUUGACAAAGAGUACUCAAUUAACGCAACUUGUGCUGAUCCGACAAUCGCACUCCUAGAUGACGACCCCCGAUUGAAGGAAUUCGCUAGACGUAUUCGUUCCAAGGCAAUGGGCUUAAUCCAGCGCGCUCAGAUUAUUGAAAACAAGCAAAGGCGCGAAAAACAGGCGAUGGAGAUCAAGGAACAAGAGAAGUGUUGGUUAGAGGAGUACACAGCCAAAAAUUGUGAGAUGGAACUAAAAGAACGUUUGACGGAGAUCAACAAGAAGAAGGACUUCAGAGAGGGCAUUAUAAAGCAGAUUGCCACACAUCCGUCCAAGGAUUGCACAAAUUUUGAAGCUGAGAAGAAACGCUGUGAGGAGGUUUUAGCAAAGGAGUUAGCUGAAAUUAAAGCGGAAAAAGAGGCUAUAUUUCAUCGGAAGGAGGCGCUAAAAAGGAGCACCCUGGAGGAGUUAUCGCGACGUAAGAAGGAGCUGUCGGAUCGUAAACAAGACGAACUUGAAUUCGAGAUGAAGAAGCUGUUAGAACAGGAGGCACUGAACGAUGCUAUUGACGCAGGUCGAGAUACAUGGUCUAAAAACGUGGAGGCCAAUCGCAGAAGGCAGGAGUUAGCGGCUUUAAAACUAGUGGAGAUGCAGCAUGCUGCCGAAAGUAGCCUCUCAAAACAGGCUGCCAAAGCUUCUAGUGAAAUAGAAAUAGGUCGUGCAAUCUUGGCUUCAGCUCAAGAAGCCGACGAGGUGUUCAACGAACCCAAGCAACGCGCCAAACAGCAACGUGACUAUUGCAACGAGCUUGAUCGUGUUCUUGAAUUAAAAAAGAUGGCAAUUAAGGAGGAAAAAGACCGUGAAAAGGAGUUAGAUCGGAUUUAUCUAGAGGCCUGCAAACAAGAGGAGACAAAAUUGAAAAAUGAAGAUGAAUUUCAACGAACUGUGGGUCUUGAAAUGGGCAAAUGUUUGAGGGAUCAAAUCGAGGCGAGGGAGGAUGAGACACGCAAAAGCCGAGAGAGGGAACGCGAAGCCGAGCGAAUGUUGGUGGCGCAGCAGCGCGAUUGGGACAGUCGUGUUGAGACUGCGAAGGAGAAACUGCUGGCUGAUUUCGCUGCAUGGAAGAAUAGUCUGACUCCAAUUCGGCAGUCGGGCACACCAACGGGAUCGGAGGUCCUCGGAUGUCAGCCUCAACCACCAGGACAUUGCACUUCCACGUGGAUGUCGGUACGUUGA